AUGGACGACCUUUUGAAUCUCGAGCUCUUGUCGCUCGUGUCGAAGGUGACCUCCGAACUCCAGAACCAUCUGGGCGUUUCCGACAAGACGCUCGCCGAGUUCAUCAUCGCCCAGCGAGUCGAAGCCGAAGACUACGAUGGCUUCAAGACGAAGCUCGCCGGCAUGGGCGCCGACUUUCCCCCGAGCUUAGUCGAGAGUAAGGAUGAGAUCUUCAGAGGCCUCUCGGUGCCCGACAAGCCGGUGGCGUACGAUAGCAUAGGUGACGGUGUCGACGCCAUUGACGAUACACUGGCGCUUUUGGAGGGCCUGGAGGGCAAGGCGCGAAAAGAUAAAUCGGACUCGCGCAAGCGGAGCCGCAGUCCAGACGACGGGCGCGACUCACGGCGGAAGCGGAGAGGCCGGUCAAGAUCGAGGGAGCGGAGGAAACGCGACAAGUACCGGUCGAGAUCACGAUCGCACGAUGAUUACGAGAGCGGACCUUCGCUGAAGCAGAGGAGUCGGAGACGCAACUACGAUGACGAGGACGAUGGUCGCUUUAGGAGGGCACCCGAGCCCGAAGUCGACGAUGCGCCUCAGUUGCACAAGGUUUAUAGUGGGCAUGUCACGGGUAUCAAAGACUUCGGCGCCUUUGUCAACCUGCACGGCGUUCGUGGCAAGGUGGAUGGUUUGGUACACAUUUCGAGGCUGGUGGAAGGCCAGCGGGUUAAUCACCCGUCCGAUCUGUUGGAAAAGGGCCAGGAUGUCAAAGUCAAGGUUGUCAAUAUUGAAGGGAACAGGAUAGGACUGUCAAUGAAAGAGGUGGACCAACAGACGGGCAUGGAUCUCUACCCGGAAGACAGGAUAUCCUCGGGCGCAAAUAUGCAAGCGUUGGGUGGCGGCGGUGGCCGGAACGGAAACAUGUUUGACGACGGGCCGAUGCCGCCACCGCAGCAUCAACCUCGUCGGCAGAAGAAGCGCAUGACAUCGCCUGAAAGAUGGGAGAUCCGCCAGCUGAUCGCGUCCGGUGUCGCGAAGGCCUCCGAUUACCCCGACCUCGAAGAAGAUUACAACGCGACGCUGACAGGCGAUGGAGAGCUGGAGCUGGAGCAGGAUGUCGAUAUCGAAGUUCGAGAGGAGGAACCGCCGUUCUUAGCCGGUCAGACGAAGCAAUCACUGGAAUUGUCACCCAUCCGAGUCGUCAAAGCACCCGAUGGCUCUAUGAAUAGAGCUGCCAUGUCGGGCACUGCGUUGGCAAAGGAGCGAAAGGAGCUGAAGCAACAAGAAGCGGAGGCUGCCGCGGCGGAAGACUCCAAGGUCGACCUCUCUGCGCAGUGGAACGACCCGAUGGCAGAUCCAGACAAGCGCAAGUUCGCCAGCGAUCUACGAAGCGCCAAAUCUCAGAUGGCCCAGAGCAAGCCCGAUGCUGUUCCGGAAUGGAAGCGAGCUGUGGCGCCAAAGGACCAGACUUUUGGCAAGCGUACGAACAUGAGCAUCAAGGAUCAACGAGAGUCGUUGCCUGUCUUCGCCUUUAGGCGGAAGUUCUUGGACGCUGUGAGGGAGCACCAAGUCAUGGUGUAUCUCGCUGAGGAUGGCUUCGCCAACGACGGAGUCAUUGGUUGCACACAGCCCAGACGUGUAGCUGCCAUGUCCGUUGCUAAGCGUGUGGCCGAGGAGGUUGGCACACCGCUGGGUGAGGCUGUCGGUUACACGAUUCGUUUCGAGGAUAAGACCAGUCCUGCGACCAAGAUCAAGUACAUGACGGACGGUAUGCUUCAGCGUGAGAUUCUCGUCGAUCCCGAUCUAAGGCGCUAUUCGGUCAUUAUGCUCGACGAGGCUCACGAGCGUACUAUUUCUACGGAUGUCUUGUUUGCGCUUCUGAAAAAGACGAUGAAGAGGCGGAAGGAUCUCAAGGUCAUUGCCACAUCAGCAACGCUCGACGCCGACAAGUUCUCGUCGUAUUUCGACGGCUGUCCCAUUUUCACCAUCCCUGGUCGCACGUUCCCGGUCGAGGUGCUGUACUCGCGCGAGCCCGAGUCCGAUUACCUCGAUGCUGCGCUCGUCACCGUCAUGCAGAUUCACCUUACAGAGCCGCCAGGAGACAUCUUGCUUUUCUUGACGGGUCAGGAAGAAAUCGACACAUCGGCCGAAAUUCUAUACGAGCGGAUGAAAGCAUUAGGACCUAACGUCCCAGAGCUCAUCAUUCUACCCGUGUACUCUGCACUACCUAACGAGAUGCAGAGUCGUAUUUUUGAUCCCGCACCCCCUGGCUGCCGAAAGGUGGUCAUCGCCACAAACAUUGCCGAAACAUCCAUCACAAUCGACAAUAUCUACUUCGUUGUUGACCCUGGUUUCGUCAAACAAAACGCUUACGAUCCCAAGUUGGGCAUGGAUUCAUUGGUCGUCACGCCGAUUUCACAAGCCCAGGCGAAUCAACGUGCUGGCCGCGCCGGACGUACAGGACCUGGAAAGUGUUUCCGCCUGUACACCGAAGCAGCGUACCAGUCCGAGAUGUUGCCUACAACCAUCCCCGAGAUCCAGAGACAGAACUUGUCUCACGUCAUUCUCAUGCUCAAGGCCAUGGGCAUCAACGACUUGUUGCACUUUGACUUUAUGGACCCUCCGCCAAUCAAUACCAUGCUCACAGCAUUAGAAGAGCUAUACGCGCUCAGCGCCCUAGACGACGAGGGUCUGCUAACGCGUCUGGGACGAAAGAUGGCAGACUUCCCCAUGGAGCCGUCUCUGGCUAAGGUGCUCAUCAUCUCCGUCGAUAUGAAGUGCUCAGCCGAGAUGCUCAUCAUCGUCGCCAUGCUUAACCUCCCCAAUGUCUUUUACCGGCCCAAGGAGAAACAAUCACAGGCAGACCAGAAGAAGGCCAAAUUCCACGACCCGCACGGCGACCACCUAACACUGCUGAAUGUCUACAAUUCAUGGAAACAAAGCAGUUACUCGAGCCCCUGGUGUUUCGAGAACUUCAUCCAGGCGCGGUCCAUGAAGCGCGCCAAGGACGUGCACGACCAGCUCGUCAAGAUCAUGGACCGGUACCGACACCCCGUCGUCAGCUGCGGGCGGCACACGCAGAUUGUGCGGCAGGCGCUCUGCUCUGGCUUCUUCCGCAACGCGGCGCGCAAGGAUCCGCAGGAAGGGUACAAGACGCUCAUUGAGGGGACGCCGGUGUACCUCCACCCGAGCUCGGCGCUGUUUGGGAAGCAGGCCGAGUGGGUCAUUUACCACACGCUCGUGCUGACGACCAAGGAGUACAUGCACUGCACGACGAGCAUCGAGCCCAAGUGGCUUGUGGACGCGGCGCCGACGUUCUUCAAGCCAAGGCAAUGGGGAGUGCGGGUGGAUUGUAUGGAUAUGUGGAUGGCGAGGAUUUAG